AUGAACGGUUUCGGGGAGCAUGGGCAUGAUGAUGAUGCGUUUGGACCUGCCAAAGGGGGGAUCGUGUCAAGUUUCGAUGCUUUUCCCAAAACCAAAAAGACGUACCUCGUUCAGGGUCGCAAUUCCUCAGCAUGGACAGUAACUCUCAUCAUUACAUGCAUCUAUCUGACCUGGUCGGAAAUUGCGCGCUGGUAUGCUGGCACAACGACGCAAUCCUUCACCAUCGAAAAGGGUGUAUCUCACGACAUGCAAAUAAACCUCGAUAUAAUUGUCGCCAUGAAAUGUGGUGACCUCCACGUAAACAUGCAAGAUGCAGCUGGUGAUCGCACGCUAGCCGGUGAGCUUCUACGUAAAGACCCAACCUCAUGGUCGCAGUGGACUGGCAAGAACACUGAGAAAGGCACGCACGAGUUGGGCGAUGAGACAACCCAGAUUCCGGAAUGGGAAGAGUACGGCGAUGUGCACGAGCAUUUGGGAAAGGCGACAAAGAAGAAGUUCAGCAAGACACCCAAGCUGCGCGGCCCGACGGAUAGUUGCAGAAUCUACGGCAAUCUUGUGGGAAACAAGGUGCAGGGAGACUUCCACAUCACCGCAAGAGGACACGGAUACAUGGAAUUUGGAGAACACCUCGACCAUUCAACCUUUAACUUCUCCCACAUCAUCCGCGAAAUGUCAUUCGGCCCAUACUACCCCUCGCUGACCAACCCCCUCGACUCCACCAUCGCCGUCACCCCAACCCCCGCAGACCACUUCUACAAAUUCCAAUACUACCUCUCCAUCGUCCCCACCAUCUACACCGACGAGCCCUCCCUCAUGCCCCUCAUGGAAUCCGUCGUCUCCACCAAAGACCAACCCUCAUCCAACAUGUUCCACAUGGCGCACGCCAUCAAGACAAACCAGUACGCCGUUACCUCGCAGUCGCACAAGGUAGAUGACAACUACGUCCCUGGUAUCUUUGUCAAGUUCGAUAUCGAACCCAUUAUGCUGGCGAUUGUCGAGGAGAGCAAGAGCUUCUGGAAGUUGCUGAUUACGCUAGUGAAUGUUGUCAGUGGUGUCAUGGUUGCGGGUAGCUGGGCGUGGCAGAUGUUUGAUUGGGCGAGCGAGUUUGUGGGUAAGAGGAAGCGGAGGGGUGAUGGCGUUGGUGUGCUUGGUACGCCGUCUGUGGAGAAGCAGAGCUGGGAUUGA